UUAUUUCGCCAGGAAAACAAUCCUUUAGCAUGUACUUUGGCAGAGUUUGGUAACUGUUAGCGGAAGUGCUGAUCAGGAGCAGCGGAGCGAGUGUGACUCUGCAGCGGGGACGCGGUGACAUGAUGUGGGCUCAGCGGCUGACUGUGUUCGGACUGACGGGUCUCAGCUCCAGGGCUGCUGGGGCGUCCAGAGACGGUUUACUGCGGGUGUCCGCAGCUGGGUGCACGGGGAGAAAGCAGCAGAGAGCAGCUUCGAGUGCAGAGGCGUCCCAGAAGAAGACGCCACUGUUUGACUUCCACAGAGAACAUGGAGGGAAGAUGGUGGAGUUCGCCGGCUGGAGUAUGCCGGUCCAGUACAAAGACAGUCACAUCUCCUCACACAUGCACACCAGGGAGCACUGCUCCAUCUUUGACGUCAGCCACAUGCUGCAGACCAAAGUCCACGGCAAAGACAGGGUGAGGUUCAUGGAGUCCCUGGUGGUGGCUGACAUCGCUGAGCUGAAGGACAACCAGGGCACACUGUCUCUGUUCACCAAUGAGAACGGAGGGAUCAUGGAUGACCUCAUAGUGACAAAGACAGACCAGGGUUACCUGUACGUGGUGUCCAACGCCGGCUGUGCCGACAAGGACUCAGCUCAUAUGAAGGUAACUGACUUUAAUGAACAAGGGAACAAACCUGGAGAAGUGGGUCCUGAGGUGGAAACACCGCAGCUGAAUGAUUCUGUGUCUGUGCUCUCAGGACCCUCCAUGUCACGUGUGCUGCAGGAGGGUCUGAAGGAAGACCUCAGUAAGCUGACCUUCAUGACCUCCGCACUGGCCACAGUGUUUGGUGUCCCUGGCUGCAGAGUCACACGCUGUGGAUACACUGGAGAGGACGGAGUGGAGAUCUCCGUCCCUCAGUCCAGAGUGGUGGAGCUGACGGAGAAGCUCCUGAACCACAGUGAGGUGAAGCUGGCUGGCCUCGGUGCCAGAGACAGUUUGAGGCUGGAGGCUGGUCUGUGUCUCUAUGGCAACGACAUUGACGAGACCACCACCCCAGUGGAGGCCACUCUGGUCUGGACCUUAGGAAAACGUCGACGUCAGACCAAGGAUUUCCCUGGAGCUGACGUCAUCGUCCCCCAGAUCAAAGCCAAGACAGCCAGAAAGAGAGUGGGUCUGUUGUCCACAGGCCCCCCUGUCAGACCGCACACGCCCAUCCUCAGCCCAGAUGGGAGGGUCAUAGGUGAGGUGACGAGCGGCUGCCCUUCACCGUGCCUGAAGAAAAACAUUGCCAUGGGCUAUGUGGAGUCUGCCUUCGCUAAGAAUGGAACCAGCAUCCAGGUGGAGGUCAGGAAGAAGGCGGUGCCGGCCACGGUCAGCAAGAUGCCCUUUGUUCCAACCAACUACUACUCUGGAUAAGGACACACAUACUGAACACACACGCAAGCACAAAAUCUAAUUCCAACAGUGAAAUUCCUAGAUAUGAGUUCAUUUCUAUGAAAGUCCAUCAAUUCAGUAGACUGUUGUAAAGGGAAAAUAAUCUUGGUUUGAAAUUCAGGUUUUUAAAAAAAAAAAAGUUAAUUUUUUUUAUAUACGUAAAACUUUUUUUUUACACUGAAUAACA